AUGGAAUCGCUGCCCCCCGAGCUGCUCUGCGAAAUCUUCGCCAACCUGCCGCCCACGUCGCGCAAAAACGCCCGCCUAGCCUCGCGGCGCUUCAAUGCCGCCCUCGUCGCCCGCCAGCCUUCCUCCAUGUUCCGCACCCUCGUCUCUUUCAUCGACCCGGCUGUCGCGCUCGCCACCCUCGAGGCCGCCGCCGCCGACCUUACGCGCCGGCCCCGGUCCAUCUGGUCGCCCGCGUGCGGCGUCCCUGCCAACCUGCCCGUGCCUAGGAGCUUUCUGCUCGCCGUCUACCUCGCUAUUAGUGGCCGGCCGUGGGAGGACCGGAGGCGGCCGGUGCGGCCGGGCGUCGGGUCGUGUGAAGACUCAGAGAGUAGCGAGGGCGAGUCUGUUUACGGCUCCGAAGGCAGCGUCGCGGGCAGUAACGAGUGCGAGAUGAGUGCCUGUAGCCUAGGCAGGAUACUAGGCCGCGAGGACAUCACGGCGGACGCACUACGGCAGGCUCUAUUUCGCUACGCGCUGUACCUGAGCUACAGCUACGACGGAGCUGGCGAGGCGCCCCAGCUUUGGGUAUGCAAUGCGAAACUCUGGGCUGGCACAGUGUAA